AAAAUUUACCCCCAAAAAAAAAAAGAAAGGAGAACAGGGUCCAACAAACGGCCUAUAAAGCUCCAUUUCCCCCGCUCUCCUCCUUCCUCGGGACAGGGUGGGGAAGUGGCCGAACAAAAAGGUGAUCCCGAGCUCUCCAAUGGCGUCUCCUUCCCCUCUCCUCCAACCCCCUCCUUCCUCCCCCGACCCUUCACAACACUGCACCAUCAAGCUACCUCUGAGCUUCCCCAAAAAGCCCCAAACCCCCCUCUUCCUCUUCGUCCUCUUCCUCGCCAUUAGCUCCGCCGCCGCAUUCGUCUUCCUCCUCUCCUCCUCCUCAUCAUCCGCAUCCUCCAUCUCCCCCGAGAUCCAUGUGGGUUCUCCCCGCGCCCGAGCCCUCGCGAAGCUCCGCCGCCCCGUCGUGCUCGUGGUCUCCUGCGACGGGUUCCGCUUCGGGUACCAAUUCAAAACCCCCACCCCCAACAUCCACCGCCUCGUCGCCAACGGAACGGAGGCCGAGACGGGGCUCAUCCCCGUUUUCCCCUCCCUCACCUUCCCCAACCACUACGCCAUCGCCACGGGCCUCUACCCGGCCUCCCACGGCAUCAUCAACAACUACUUCGUCGACCCCGUCUCCGGCGAGCGAUUCACCCCCAGCAACCACGACCCCAAAUGGUGGCUCGGCGAGCCCCUCUGGGAGACCGUCGCCGACCACGGCCUCAACGCCGCCACCUACUUUUGGCCGGGCUCCGAGGUCGUCAAAGGUAAUUGGACCUGCCCCCCUCGGUUUUGCCCCAAGUACAACGCCUCCGUCCCCUUCGAGCAACGCGUCGACACCGUUUUGAGCUACUUUGAUCUCCCCCAAAAUGAGAUCCCUGUGUUCAUCAACCUCUACUUCGAGGACCCCGAUAAACAGGGCCACCAAGUCGGCCCAGACGAUCCCAAGAUCACCAAAGCCGUCGUGCGCGUCGAUGAAAUGAUCGGCAGGUUGAUCCAGGGCCUGGAGGAAAGAGGGAUCUUCGAGGAUGUUACCUUCAUCUUGUUGGGUGAUCACGGAAUGGUCGGAACCUGCGAUAAAAAGACGAUCUUUCUCGACGAUUUGGCACCUUGGAUACGAAUUCCCGAGAGCUGGGUUACUUACUACUACCCGGUGCUUUCGAUUCUACCGCCUACUAGUGUGUCCUAUUCCGAAAUGGUGGCGAAAAUGAAUGCAGGGUUGGCAUCAGGCAAAGUGGAGAAUGGGGAUUAUCUGAGAAUGUACCUCAAAGAGGAUUUGCCUGGGAGGUUACAUUACUCCGAUAGCUCUCGAAUUCCGCCGAUUGUUGGGUUGGUGGAUGAAGGAUUUAGUGUGGAGCAGGCGCGGACGAACAACAAGGAGUGUGCAGGUGCUCAUGGUUACGACAAUGCAUUAUUUUCGAUGCGGACCAUCUUUGUUGCCCACGGCCCGCAGUUUCAGAGGGGCCGGAAAAUUCCGUCGUUCGUGAACAUCGAGAUUUACAAUCUCAUCACCUCCAUUCUCAAGUUAAAGGGAGCUCCGAAUAACGGUUCGGCUUCUUUCCCCAAUUCUGUUCUUCUACCAAGUGCCUGAAAUAUAAUCCUGGAUUUGUCAAUGUAGGGUUGAGAUGUGGAUACUUACACUGCUUUCUUGUAUCUAUUAGUGUGUAACGAAUUAUGUGAGCUAUUCCCAGCUUUCUUGUAUCUUAUUAGUGCUAAUGAUGUGAGUUAGUCUUCAUGGUUAUGAAUCAAUAAUUGUUUGGUUUCA